AUGUCCGCUCUCUCCCUCUCCCUCUCCCUCGCCACCGUAAUCGGCUCCGCCUCGUUUGCGGCUGCCCACCAAACUAUCUGGCACCCAAGCAUCUUCGGAUUCAACGAAAGUACCGCCCCCAACCGCCCUCAGGAUCCUCUCAUCCAACUCCCCUUCAGUCAGUGGUGGUUCCACGGCUUCCUGAGCAGUCCCCCUAAUGACGGUGACUACAUGGAUCUCCCGGCCGGCGGUACCAUUCAUUCCGAGAUCGCCUGCGACAAGGGCUACACCUCCUGGUACAACACCAGCGCCGGCGGUGACACUCGCUCCCAGGACCAGCCCGACUACCCUUGCCCAGGUCAACCGCUCUCGCAAUUCCACACUACGGGCAUAAAUGACCUUGGCGGAUGCGCACUCGCCAUCGCUUACAACUCGGACGCCAACUCUGUAAAGCCUGAAGACUUCGCUGUCUUCUCCGCCAACCAGACUUGCCCCUGGUACUUGCACACAGACUUCCAGGUUCCCGCCGCAAUGCCUGAAUGCCCCGACGGUGGCUGCACCUGCGCUUGGUUCUGGCUCCACACGCCGGAUUCUGGAGCUGAGCAAAUGUACAUGACUGGCUUCAGAUGCAAGGUCUCCGGAGCAUCGGCUACCGAGGCCAUUGGCACCCCCCAACUCGCUCGCCGCUGCGGUGCUGACCCUGCAAACGGCAUCAACGAUGCCAACCCUGGCAACUGCACCUACGGUGCCAAGCAGCCAUUCUACUGGUAUCAAGCCGAAGGAAACACAUUCUUCGAGGGUACCUACGCCCCCCCUCUCUACACAGAUCUCUACAACUUCAAGGACGGCGCCCAGAACGACAUCUUCGGUGAAUCAGCUGUGGAGACCACCGGCUGGGUUUCAGCAACCGCCAACGCGAAACGCGCCCCCGAGCCCACGCCCGCCGCAGGGCCGCGCAGGUUGCUCAGCCGUCAUGCGAAGAAGCAAGGUCACGGUGUAUUCUAA